ACCUUUUCACCAGUCCGCAACGGGGCACAGCGUUUCCCGCGCUGCCGCUGCUUUGGUAUGGAUGGGAAUCAAUGGCUGAUGCGGUGGAACAUGGCGUCCCGUGGCCGGCAAGCCGCGUUAUCAAGCAUGGCUCGGCCCCCAUUAGAGCGACACGGCCAUGUUUUAGCUAUAUCGUGACUUCCUGCAGAGCCAAGAGAAGGGAGGUGAAGAGAGAUGGAAUCACGUUGUAGAGGAAAAAAGAAAUCAUGGCCUGCAGCUGCUACGAGUGCUGCUCGCCCUCUUUGCACGAGCUCGGGCGAUUUGUAAAGUUGACAUUUUAGUACAUAUCGCCGCGCAGACUUCUCUGCUAGCACUGCGCAAAAGGCCCCGAGCAGGUACCAGGCCUGAGCGCGGAAUGAAGGGCGAUGUACCUGGCGCAGUUUGGUGUGUACUUGGCCAGGCCCUGCGCUGCAGCGACAAGCUGCUAGCAACUGCCGGUGGGAGGGAGGUAGCUCUGUAUCCACGAUACGGCAAUGGCAAGUCACUGAAGCUUGCCCGCCAAGUACACCUACAGGCACCUGGCAUUAGCCACAAGCCGGGCGACAGUAGCCUGUGCUGACUGCUAGCAAGCACCACCAGUCCGCUGCAACCCAGAUGGGCAGCCCCAGUUCUAACAAAACCUCCAUCAGGACCCCGACUUGUGUAGUGCCCGCUCGGCGAACGCAGAAACGCAGCCAGAGAAUCU